AUGAGACCCUUGAAGUGGAUAUUCUUCUCUCUCCUGGUGUUCUCUGUGAUAACAAUGUGGUACAUAACCUUUUCCUCUAACACUGUGAUUGAGGACAUAAACCUGAUGUACUUCUAUGAGUACGAACCCAUUUACCAGCAGAACUACCUCUUCACACUGCGCGAGCGCUUCAACUGCAAAGACAUCAACCCAUUCCUGGUCAUCUUGGUGUCUUCAAGCCCCAAGGAUGUGAAGGCCAGGCAGGCCAUCAGGGUAACCUGGGGCUCUCAGAACUUCUGGUGGGGCCAGAGAGUCCUCACCCUGUUCCUGCUAGGCCAGGACACCCAUGGAGAAGACAACGUGGCGGCCCUGUCGGUGGAGGAUGAGAGUAUCCUCUAUGGUGACAUCAUCCGCCAGGACUUCAUGGACACCUAUGACAAUCUCACCUUGAAGACCAUCAUGGCAUUCCGGUGGCUCACUGAGUUCUGUUCCAAUGCCAAGUUCCUCAUGAAGACUGAUACUGAUGUCUUCAUCAACACCCCCAACCUGGUGAGGUUCCUGCUGCAGCUGAAAUCCUCGAAAAACGUCUUUACUGGGUAUCCUCUCAUCGAGAACUUUGCCUACAGAGGCUUCUACAAGAACAGAUACAUCUCCUAUGAGGAAUAUCCAUUCAAGCUGUAUCCUCCAUACUGCAGUGGCAUGGGAUAUAUAUUGGAUGGCAAACUGGCUCUGAGUAUUUAUGAACUGAUGAGCCAUGUCAGACCUGUUAAAUUUGAGGAUGUUUAUGUUGGGAUUUGUUUAAAUAUACUUAAAGUCAAUGUCAGUAUUCCAGAAGAUGCAGAACAAUUCUUUCUUUAUAGAAUUAAUUUUGAUACCUGUAAGUACAGACAUUUGAUUGCUGUUCAUGGCAUUGCAGCAAGUGAAUUCAUCGAGUUUUGGCAGGAGUUGUCAUCCAACACUUCCGUCACUUGUCCUUGA